AACAGUUUAUUUUACAUUAUGUUUUCCUUAUUCCUUUCUGUAAUCCGAAUUGUAAAAUGAGGAUCAAUUGUAUGUAAUAGUUAUCAUGCUUAGGAAAUGAAAAAAUUGUUUGGCGGUUUUAAACAAUUUAAUUUAUAUUAAUAUUUAUUCUGAUAUAAAGAAAGACAAUUUCGACAUGAAACUGUACUGCCUGAGCAGCGAUGCGGCCAAGCCAUGCUUCGUGCUGUCUUUCAAAGAGCUGAUGAUAAUGCUGGACUGCGGGCUGUCAGCGCAGUCGGUGCUCAACUUCCUGCCGCUGCCGCCGGUGCCCAGCACACGACUGGCUGCGUUGCCCGCCUACACGCCGCCCCACCUCAACGACCCCCUGCUUGAAGGGGAAUUAAAGGAAUGUUGCGGACGGGUGUUCGUAGACAGCAUUCCCGAGUUUUGCCCCCCACUGGACAAGGUGGUCGACUUCUCGCAGCUGGAUGUGAUUCUUAUAUCCAACUACACCUGCAUGAUGGCGCUGCCCUUCAUCACCGAGGACACCGGCUUCAAGGGACAGGUGUAUGCCACUGAACCCACCUUGCAAAUUGGAAGGUUCUACCUGGAGGAGCUGUGCACGUGGCUGUCGGCGGCGGGCGGGGGGGGCGCGGCGGCGCGGCGCUGGAAGGAGCUGGUGCACGUGUUGCCGGGCCCGCUGGCGCACGCCGCGCGGCCCCGCGCGUGGCGGCGACUGUACGGGCGGGCGGCGCUGGCGCGCGCGCUGUCCCGCGUGCGCGUGGUGGGGUACGACGAGCGCGUGCCGCUGUACGGGGCGCUGGACGCCACGCCCGUCAGCUCCGGCUUCUGCCUCGGCUCCGCCAACUGGGUGCUGCGCACGCCGCACGAGAAGAUCGCGUACGUGAGCGGGUCGAGCACGCUGACGACUCACCCGCGGCCCAUCAACCAGAGUGCGCUGCGCGGCGCCGACGUGUUGCUGCUGGCGGCCCUCACGCAGACUCCGGCGCACAACCCCGACCACAUGCUGGGCGACCUCUGCGUGCACGCCGCCGUCACGCUGCGCGCCGCCGGCUCCGUGCUGCUGCCCGUCUACCCCUCCGGCGUGCUCUACGACCUGCUCGAGUGUCUCUCCACGCACCUGGAGGGCGCGGGCCUGGCGCACGUGCCCCUCUACGUCGUGUCUCCCGUCGCCGACUCCUCGCUCGCCUACAGCAACAUCCUGGCCGAGUGGGUGUCCGCCGGCAAACAGGCGCGCGUCCUCGUGCCCGAGGAGCCCUUCCCGCACGCCGCCCUCGCGCGCGCCGGCCGCCUGCGACACGCGCGCGCCCUGCACGACGACGCCUUCAGCGCGGACUUCCGCCAGCCCUGCGUCGUGUUCUGCGGACAUCCCAGUCUGCGGUUCGGCGCCGCCGUUCACCUCGUCGAGCUGUGGGCCAACAACCCCGCGCACGCCAUCAUAUUCACAGAACCGGACUUCCCGUACAUGGACGCGCUGGCGCCCUUCCAGCCGCUGAGCAUGAAGGCGUUCCACUGUCCCAUCGACACCUCCCUCAACUACGCGCAGGCCAACAAGCUGGUGCGCGAGCUGCGGCCGCGCGAGCUGGUGCUGCCCGAGCAGUACGCGGCCGCGCCGGCGACACCCGGCGCCGCGCCGCGCCCGCACGUGUUCGCCGACGUGCCCGUCACCGUCAUCAAGCGCGGCGCCGCGCGCCAGCUCGCGGUGAAGCGGCGUGCGGCGCGCGGCAUGCUGUGCGGCGAGCUGGCGGCGCGCGCUCUGCCGCGGGAGAUGCGCGGCGGACUGCGCGGCGCCCCGCUCGUUGCGGCGCUGACACUGCGCGACGCGCGCCUCGAGCUGUCUGCGCCGGGCGCGGCGGUGCCGGGGGGCGCGGUGGGCGCGGCGGGCGCGGGGGGCGCGGCGGGCGCAGGGGGCGCGCCGGCGGAGAGCGUGGCGGCGGGCGCGCCGGACGUGGCGGCGCUGCUGCGGGAGCUGGCGCGGGAGGGUCUGGGCGAGGCGCGGGUGGAGGCGGGCGCGGACGGAUGUAUCGUGCACUUGCCGCGACACGACACGCUGGUGCACGUGGAGCGACACGCCACGCACGUGUUCUGCGAGGGGCGCGCCGACGUGCGCCAGGCGCUGCGCCGCGCGCUCGCCGCCUGCACGCCGCACGUGUGA